AUGAAGAGAUUUGAUGUAGAUCGAGGGGCCUACACCCAACUCGGCCAGCAACUCAGCCAAAGACAUUCGGAUGAACUCUCAGCACAACUUGCCGUUUACCAAUCGGCACUCAUCAACUUUGCCAGCGAACAUGAGGAUACUAUCAAGAACAAUCCAGAAUUCAGAAGCAACUUCACCCAGAUGUGCUACCUGAUCGGUGUGGAUCCGCUUGAGCUUCUUCUCUUCCUGUCGUCGAAACAGAAAAGAAAAGACAACUUCUAUUUGGCUCUUGCCGUUAGAGUGGUUGAAAUCUGCCAGGAAACAAGAGACCUAAAUGGAGGGCUUAUAUCGUUAAAGGAACUACGGUCUCGAUUCCAGGACUCACUGAAUGUGCCCACGCAAAUCACGGACGAUGACAUAGCCAAGGCAAUGACGGUAUUGGACGCGCUAGGCAAAGCCUUUGAGGUGUUGGAGAUCAAUCACAAGAAGUGGAUCAAAUUCGUUGAAGGUUCAGGCUCUAGGGGAAUCUCUAACGACCACAAGAAGAUCUAUGAGCUCUGUGAGUUCAUGGGAGGCUAUGUAACCCUGAGACUUCUCCGUGACAACUACGGGUGGGAUUCCGUGCGGCUGAAGAGUGUAAUGGACGAUAUGAUUCUGAACGGGUUUCUAUGGAUCGAUAACCAGGGGCCCACAGGCGAAUGGCAGUUCUGGGAGCCAUCGUGGAUCUCAAAGUAG